AGAAGUGCAGGGGCAGGGAGGUCGCCUGCCCGCAGCACAGAGGUCCCCAACUUCCCCUUCUUCGUGCAGAAGGCGGCGAGACGGCGGUGAGACAACAGCAGCUGCACAGAUGAGAAAACCUGAAGCACAGAAAGCUCAAGUUCCUUGCCUAAGGUCAGACCUCAAGUGCUGAAUACUGGAACUAGUUAUCGAAUUUACAUCUUCUGAAGGCUCUGUUCUGCUCUCCACUUGUCGCCUCAUCCAUACAGCAACUCAGCCACCAGGGCAUCUUUAGGAGGCUGCAGUGCAUUGUGGGAGAAAGCACUUGACUUGGAGUCUGGGUUUGCGUUUCGGCUGCCCACUGGCCUGCUGAAGAACCCCGGGAAAACCCUUGUGUGGUAUUCAGUUUUGCCACGGUCAAUGGAAACUUCUUGAGAGUCAGGGUGGGAGCCAGUUCUUGGAGGAGACUCGGUACAGGACAUGGAUCGCUGCAGGGCCCUUUUCCUCUGCCUGUGCCUCUUGAUGUCUCAGAGCAGAACAGAGGAGGCAUCCCAAGAAAUCCUGCGCUGGAUGAAGAGAAUGGAGAUGGCAGCCAGGAGCCGGAGCCUCACUUCUUUUGCUGAGCUCAUCCAUGGCCUAGAGUCAAGGCUACUCAAUGCCAGCUUUGGGGGCCAUAACCUCACUUUGCGGACGCAUACCAUCCAGACACUAGCCUUCAAGCUGGGCUGCAACUUCACUGGCCUCUCACUGAGAAGUGCUGCUCUGCAGCAGGUCCCCCAGGCCCAGGUCCCACUCGCCAUGCAGUUCCCAGCUGAGCUGACUCAUGAUGCCUGCAGGGUGCGCCCCAGGGAGCUGACUCUCAUUUGCAUCUACUUCUCCGACACCCGCUUUUUCCAGAAAGACAUCAAUUCAUCUGUGCUCAAUAACUAUGUUCUGGGGGCCCAGCUGAGCCAUGGACAAGUGAGCAACCUCCGUGAGCCGGUGAACAUCAGCUUCUGGCACAACCAAAGCCUGGAAGACUACACGGUGACCUGUGUCUUCUGGAAGGAGGGAGCCAGCAAGCACCACUGGGGGGCCUGGAGCACUGAGGGCUGUAGCACAGAGCAGCCCUCACCUUCCCAGGUGCUCUGCCGCUGCAACCACCUCACCUACUUUGCUGUUCUCAUGCAACUCUCCCAGGCCCCGGUCCCUGCAGAGCUGCUGGCGCCCCUCACAUACAUCUCCCUGGUGGGCUGCAGCAUCUCCAUCGUGGCCUCGCUGCUCACUGUCCUGCUGCACCUCCUUGCCAGGAAGCCGAGUGAUUCCGUUACGUGCAUCCACGUGAACCUGCACGCCUCGGUGCUACUCCUCAAUGUCGCCUUCCUGCUGAGCCCAGUGCUGGCCGUGCCCCCCGUGCCUGAGUCAGCAUGCGUGGCACUGGCUGCCACCCUGCACUACGGGCUGCUCAGCUGCUUCACCUGGAUGGCCAUUGAAGGCUUCAACCUCUACCUCCUACUUGGGCGCGUCUACAACAUCUACAUCCGCCGAUACGUGCUCAAGCUCUGUGCCCUGGGCUGGGAUGCUGGGUGCGGAACGCCUGGGUGCACGGUGUCCUGGUCAUGGGCUCUGGUGGCCUCACAUCCCUUUUCAACCUGGUGGUGCUGGCCUGGGCGCUACGGGUCCUGCACAGACUGCGGGCGCAGGAGAAGGCGCUGGGCCCCCGGGCCUGCUGGGAUACCGUCACUGUGCUGGGCCUCACCGUGCUGCUGGGCACCACCUGGAUCUUGGCCUUCUUCUCCUUUGGUGUCUUCCUGCUGCCCCAGCUCUUCCUCUUCACCACCUUCAAUUCGCUCUACGGUUUCUUCCUCUUCCUGUGGUUCUGCUCCCAGAGGCGCCGCUCAGAGGCAGAGAUGGAGGCAUUCAGCUCCUCCCAGAUGGUGCAGUAGUCUGGACUGUCUGGACCUCCUGGCCUGGAGCCCCCAGCUUCUCUGGCUGCCUGCAGCCAGAGGCCCUGGCUUCCACUCGAGAAGAUGGCAGGCCAGCUGCUGGACACCAGAGGCCACUGUCACCUCCAGGGGGCCUUUUCCACCUCCAUGCCUUGCCCAGGCCCAGAGGGCAGCGUGUUGCUCUCCGUCCCCAGGCAUUCUGCUCUGGGGCAGGUCCAGCCCCACCUGGGGGCAGCAAACUUGCCCCUGGUGCCUGGGCCCAGCUGGCCAGGCCUAUGGCCAGAGCACUGGCCUGGGAGUCAGGAGGCCACGUUUCAAUGCGUUUCUCUGAGUUUCACUGUCUGACCUUGGGCCUGUCAUUUCUCACUGACCCUUGGUUUCCACAUCUGUGACAUGGUGGCAGAUGGCUCUGGUCCUGCCUAAUCCCAGAGCUUUAUGCAGAUUCAAUGGCACCAGGGAGAACGAGGUCAUAGUGGGGUGGGGAUCCCCACCCCGGCCUGGGCCUGCCCUUGAAACACCUGCUGAGCCCUGCUUCCUUCCUCCGGGAGAGGGUCAGCCUUGGCUGGGGGUCCCCAGCCCAGCGCUUAGAGACCCACCCAGUGUGUGAGACCUCACCAGCCUGUAACUGAGGCCUCUUUUCCUUUAACCCCCAAAUUAUGAUGACUCUAACUCCAAGCCCACCCUUCCCAAAGAUCAGGAAGCCCAGUCCUUUCCAGAGGCUCCUCUUCCAGCGUUCCCCAGACCCCCAUAGGCCGUUAAGACCAGCAGCUGGGGCCACAGGGCUUCCUGGAGGUGGGAGGGGAGCACCUCUUUCCCCUCCAUCUGAGCUCCAGUCAUCCGGCUAUUUGAUGACUGGGCAGGAUUGAAUUUCACCUGGUAGGCGUGAGGGUGUGGGUUCUAAAUCCCAAGCUUGUUUGUCUGUUCUCUUGGAGUUGGUGGGCACCUAAAGUAUUUAUAAAUUGGUAUAAAUUAUACAAGUCUUUUGUCAGGCUUCCCAUUUCAGUUUCCUUCCUGUUUGUUUUGUUAGCUGUCGCAGUUGUAGAAAAUCACCAUUGCCCUUGACCUGUCCUGUCAGGCCAAGUGGGAGACCACUCAUGAAGCGAGCGCUCUUUCCCAGGCUUCACACCAGGGGGCCCUGUUGACCAAUGUCAGAAGCCACUGGGUCCAAAACCAUGUCUGGUGAUGCUGUGGUUGCCUGUCUGUGGAUAUGACACACCAGAUGGAGAGGCUCUGCCUCCAGGACUGCACCUGCUGGGCGACCAGCAGGAGGAGUGCUAGCACUGCCUACACAGCCAUUUCUCUCUUUCCCAACGCAGCCACCCGCUCUGGCUCUUGGGGUCUCAUGCUCUGGGCGUAUGUGGCACUAGAGCGCUGGGCAGGGAUAGGCUCUCAGGGCCCCGCUCCAGGCCAUCAGAUAGAUUGCAAUGACUUUGAACGUCACUGGGAGGGAGUUGGAGCCGGAUCCCUUUUCUCCCAGGGGGAUCCUCUGCCCUCUGUUCAUUUCUUGCUAUGAAUAGCCCUUCACUAAUUGGUGAGUGGCGCAGGCUCCGCAUACUGCCUGGACUCAAGUGCCCGCUCUGUCACUUGUCAGCUGUGUGACUGUGGACAAGCCACUCCACCUCUCUGUGCCUGAGUUUUCCCAUCUGUAAAAUGGGGCAAUAGUAGUACCUAUUUUGAAGGGUAAAUAAAAUAACCCAUAUAAAGAGGCGUAGCAGAGGGUAAGUGCUCAGUAAAGGGUUAUUGUUAUCAUUCG